AUGGCCGCUUCUAGUUUGCGCAUAGUCGCCGCGGCAAGUUUCCUGCCAGCCUUCCCUCUGCUCCUGGCCCACGGCGUCGUUUCGCACUCGCCGGUGCCGGCCACGGGCUUGGUACCGCUCGCCUUCUCGGCCGGUGUGUCGCUCUUCCUCGUUCUACGGCAGAACACCAAGCACAGCGGCGGAAGCAACCACGUAGAUGAGGAGACCGCGCAGGACGAACGCACCGACUCGUCGCCGGAUGCCGAUUUGCACCCGUUCCUGGUGUUUGGGGUGGAUGUCGUCCUGAGCGCGGCACUGCUCAUCGUGCUGGUGUUCUCGUGGCUGCAAUCCACCCACUUCAACGGGCAGUUGGCCACGCUCGCGGCCUACGCCACCAUACCGUUGCUCGUGAACUUCUUCAUCCAUCUAUACUUGGCGGUACGAAGCUUCUCCACCGGUCUCGCGCUCCAUGAUCUGACGCAGUGGCUGGCGUGGCAGGUCGUGCCGGCCGAUUGUCCCGACUGCGGCCACCGGCUGCGGCCGUCGUCGGCGCCGACGAUCCCGUGGCUCGAGUCGGCCCGCCGGCUGAAAUUGCCCGCCGUGCCCAACGUGAAGGCCCCGAGGUGGAAGGCCCCCGCGUGGCUGCCGAAGCGGUCGCAGAGCUACGCGCCCCUGCUGGCCGAUGGCGAGCACGAGCGCUACACGGAUGAGCCCGAGGAGGGCGGCCCGUCCACGCGGGUUGAGGAGCCCGCGGAGGUGGCCGUGGUCGGCAAGAGGGAUAAGAGGGCGAAGGAUGUGUCGUCCCCUAUUGAUGAGUAA